AUGGCCGAGACCUCAGGUGGAGACUACGAGUCCCUCAGUCCGACCUACAAGCUAUGGGUCCAUUUGACAGCCGGCGCCAUGGCCGGUGUAGCUGAACACUGUGUUAUGUUUCCGUUGGAUUCGGUCAAAACUCGUCUACAAAGUCUGUGUCCAUGCCCGGAGACCAGUUGCCCCACUCCAAUUCAUGGUGUGGCCUCGAUGGUACGACGAGAGGGAUGGUUGAGGCCGUUACGAGGUGUUAAUGCUGUAGCCACUGGGUCAAUACCUGCUCAUGCACUUUACUUUUCUGCUUAUGAGAAAAUGAGAGUAAGUUGUUUGAGGUUUUUGUUUGAUUUUUAGGUUUUGACAUGAAUAACAUGGAGGUUUGGAUUCGGAAAGGAAAAGAGUUGAAGAAAUGAGUAUCUAACAUGUUAGAAGAAGCUUUUUUUAUAGUUUAUAGGUAUUGAGAAGGGUUAAACUGAUUAUUUUUUUAAAGGUAUUAAGAAGGCCUAAAAUAGUAUUUUUGGUAGUUUUUAGGUAUAAAAAGGCUGGAACUUAGUGUUUCGUUAAUUUCUGAGCAAGAAAACGGCUUAAAUUUUCGUUUUUGUAGAUUUUUAUACAAGAGAACGUUUAAUAUAAGAAUGAGCAAGGUUUUUUAGGUAUAGAAAGAUUAGAAAUUAAGUUUUUGUUGAUAUCUAUAUGAAGAAAGUGCUAAAACUUUAUUUUUUGUAGCUUUUUUAGUCAGAGUAAAGGUUAAUAUAAGAAAGAACAGGGGAUUUUAGGUUUGAAAAGGUUUAAAAACGAAGAUUUUGCGUAUUUUUAAGCAUGAAGAAAGUAAAAAGUACAUUUUUUGUCAUUUUAGGUAACAAAACUUUAUGAAACAUACUUUACAAAACUUGCAAUUAUUAUAAACCCCUAUCUUCAGGAUUUCCUAACCGGUUCCACCCGCUCCCACUCAAACACGUUAGCUUAUGGAGCAGCCGGCGCCUGUGCUACCGUUCUCCACGAUCUUGUUAUGAACCCGGCCGAAGUGGUGAAGCAACGAAUGCAAAUGCAUUGUAGUCCAUACGGAGGCUCGUUGGAGUGUGCACGAUGCAUUUAUCGAACCGAAGGCAUUUCCGCAUUUUACCGGUCGUAUUCGACCCAACUCAUCAUGAACAUACCCUUCCAAGCCGUCCAUUUCAUGACCUACGAGUUUCUACAGAAAGUCCUGAAUCCGACUCACAAAUACGAUCCCAGAAGUCAUUUGAUUGCGGGUGGAUUAGCUGGAGGUAUUGCGGCGGCACUCACCACGCCCUUGGAUUGUGUCAAAACGGUUUUGAAUACUCAACAAACGCCAGAGAUCGAGUGCAAGAAUAGAAGGAUAUUGUUGAAGGCUAGCAGGAGCUAUGAGGGUAAGAUUGUGGGCUUGUUUUUAUGGGGGAGGGGUGGAUUUCUAUAAAAAAAAGAAAGGGAAGGGUCUGAAGAAAAAAUAGGGAGAAGGGACUUUUUGGCAUUUAAAAGUUUUUUAAGCCUAAAAAACGAAAAAAAAAAUAUUUUUUAAGAUUAGAGAGGCAUUUUUAAGCCUGAAAUUUCAGUGUUAAGCCUAAAAAUUAUUUUAUGCAUACGAGGAAUUCAUCAAGCCUAAAAACUCAUUUUAAGCCUAAACUAACAUUUUUAAACUUGAAAUAUUUCUUUUAAUCCUAAAAUGGACAUUUUUAAGCUUAAAAUCUCAGCUUUAAGCUUAAAAAUAAUGUUAACCUUAAGUUAAAAUUUUUAAGCCUAAAAAAUUAUUUUAAGCCUAAAGAAGGUUUUUGGGCUUAAAAGCAAAUUUUUGUUUCUAAAGUUUCAGUUUUAAACCUAAAACUUUUUCCAUUCUAACGAUGACACUUUUAAGGCCUAAAAAUUUAUUUUCAGGCUUGAAAUGACAUUUUUAAGCCUAAUGAGUCAUUUUAAUUCUGAAGGAACGUUUUAAGGUUUAAAAUGUGAUUGCUAAGUUUUAUAGUACAUUUGUAAGCAUAUAAACGUUUUUUAUUUAAAAAAUAUUUUUAACCUAAACUGACAUCUAUACCUAAAACAAUAUAAUUCCAGGUAUUGUGGACGCGAUGACGACGAUAUACCGGAAUCGUGGCGUCGCCGGCUUCUACCGUGGCCUUCAAGCACGUGUGAUCUACCAAAUGCCCGCCACCGCCUUAUCGUGGAGUGUCUACGAACUGUUCAAAUUCACGCUGGACGGACAUUAG